AUGUAUGCGAUUGGAGUGAAUGUGGCAAACAGUUUACAUCAAAACAAUCAUUACUUGAACACAAAAAAUCUACUCAUCACUAUUACCACUGUUUUCAAAUUGAAAAAAUCAUUAUAUCGACACAAGAGGUUUGUUCAUCAAAUAAAUGAGCAAGCUAUAUUUUUAUAUUGCUCGUGGCCUAAAUGUGAUUACAAAGCAUUAAAUAAUUCGAUUUUAAAAAACCAUAAAUACACACAUGUAAACAUUAAAAAUUUUCCAUGUGACCAGUGUCAUAAAUGUUUUAACACCAAAUCAGAUUUAAAUCGACACAAAAAUAUCGUUCAUUUAAACGUGAGAUAUGUAUGCGAUUGGAGUGAAUGUGGCAAACAGUUUACAGUUAAACGUAAUUUAAUUGCCCACAAAAGUAGUGUACAUUUAAAAAUCAAUUUCACGUGUAAUGAACACAAUUGUGGCAAAAAGUUUGCGUUAAGAUCAUCACUGAAUCAACACAAACAGUACAUACAUUCCGAUAUAAAGCCAUUUGUUUGCCGUUUCAAUGAUUGUCGCAAAGGUUUUAAAACUAGAGCCGAUUUCAAUGAACACAUGAAUAGACAUUUGAAUAUAAAACCUCAUAAAUGUCAUUAUAAUAAUUGUGGCAAGUGUUUUGUCAGUAAGAGUGAAUUAUCAUCGCAUUUGUAA